CCAAACUUUGUCUUCUAGGGUUUUCAGAAUCUUCAGGAUCAAAAAGCUCGUUGUUUUCAAAGGGUUUCGUUGUAAUUUGGUUUCUCGGGAAUUUGUAUUCCUUUGGAUUUCGUUUUCAUUCGCUUGGGGAAAGUUGGAUGGUGCAGUUGAUGAGAUCCGCGAAUCUCAGGCUGGAGCCUGAAACGACGUCGUCGUCGUCGUCUUCGUCGUGCCGUGAGAAGCUUCCGGUGAAGUUGGAGAUCGAUGACUCGCUGGAGGAAGAGCACGGGCCGCUCAACAAGCGGUCGAAGCCUUCUCAGGCUUUUCAAGAGCAAUGGAGUUCCGGAGCUAACUCGUUCCCUAUACCUCCUUCGCAAUACAACCCGCUUGACGAGCCUAGCCCUUUGGGUUUACGGCUGAGGAAGAGCCCAUCGCUGUUAGAAUUAAUUCAAAUGAAGCUUUCUCAAGGGGGUGCUCCUAGUUCAGGAGCUGAGCAGAGUGAAGAUUUUAACUUAGUAGCUAAACAGGAAAUUAUGGGCACUGCUGUAUCAGGUCCUGCUGACAAGCUAAAGGCUUCAAAUUUUCCAGCUUCACUUCUGAGGAUUGGUAGUUGGGAGUAUAAAUCAAGAUACGAAGGUGAUUUAGUGGCAAAGUGUUACUUUGCCAAGCAUAAGCUUGUUUGGGAAGUUCUUGAAGGUGGUCUAAAGAGUAAAAUAGAAAUCCAAUGGUCAGAUAUUAUGGCUCUGAAGGCGCAUUGUCCUGAUAAUGGACCUAGUUCAUUUAAUGUCGUGCUGGCUAGACAGCCCCUUUUCUUCAGGGAGACCAACCCUCAGCCUAGAAAGCAUACCUUAUGGCAGGCAGCGGCAGAUUUUACGGAUGGGCAGGCUAGCAUACAAAGGCAACAUUUUCUGCAAUGCCCACAAGGGUUGUUAAACAAGCAUUUUGAAAAGCUUAUUCAGUGUGAUAUGCGCCUUAACUUCUUAAGCCAACAGCCAGAGAUAGUUUUGGAUUCACCAUACUUUGAACCACGGUCUUCUGUUUUUGAAGACCCAGAAGAAUCUAAAGACCAUAGUUUUGAUCAAGUGGAUAGUCGCAGGGCAUCUAUGUCUGGUUUCCAGGAUGUAGCAUCACCAACUGCUACGCAAUCAUCUUCAUUGAAGAUUGAGCAAAAACAGGAUUCUGCUGGUAUGGUAUCGGAAAAUCGCUUACGGGAAGCUCCUUCCCCCAGUUCAGUGAUGGACACUCGUGCAAUUGAAGGUAAUGGAAGUUCUGAAGCGGUUGAUUCCGCAGGUUCAAGAAACUGGAAGGCUGGGCUCCAUCCAUCCAUGUCAAUGAGUGAUAUAGUGAACCAUAUUGGACUUUGUAUUUCAGAACAGAUGACUUCUGGUAAUCUGCCCGCCGCUGAUGAAGGUUCAGGAUAUGAUGAUAUUCUUGAGGACAUUGCUCAGUACCUGCUCAAUGACAAUCAGUUUACUGCUGCUUCUGAUGAGAAAUCCCUCAUGUCAAGGGUCAAUUCUCUGUGUUGCCUUUUGCAGAAGGACUCUGGGACAGUCCAGAAUUCAGCGGGUAAUGGGGAAAGUUGCGCCGAGGGACCUGAUGGUGGAACGGGCAUUCAAGUUAAGCACAACUCUGAACAAAUACAUGAUAAUAAAUAUAGAGCUGAUUUGAAAGUUUCUGACCAGGAUACAAGGGAUGUAUCUGGCAGCAAGCAGGUAUCAGCUAUGUCAAGGAAAGACUCAUUUGGGGACCUCCUGCUUCAUCUCCCUCGAAUUGCAUCCCUCCCAAAGUUCUUGUUUAACAUUUCAGAAGAAGAUGGUGAGAGUUAAUCUAGAUAGUUCUCGUUUAUUAUUCCAAAAUUGCAAGAAUCAGACUAGAUCGCAACCUCUCUCUCUCUCAUUGAAUCAGACUGUCUGUUUAAUAUAAUCUGAUGUCUCCAAUGAAGCGAUUGUCUUCUACUUGAAGCAGGGGGAGUCUUGGGAUUCGGAAAUUUGUUUUGAUGAAGAAUCCUGUUUAAGUCCCAUGUACAAAUCUUUGUAUUAGGCGUUGAAGCUCCUUUGUUACAUGCCUUCUUUAUGUUCUUUGAACAGUGUUUCUCUAUGUAUUUGUACAAUUCUUGCAAAAAAAUCCUUGUAAUUUAUGGUUCUUUGGUGAUUUUCCAGUGGUUUGAUAUGUUUUCUGACUA